GCACGCGCGGUAACGGUAGAAUGGCGGAGUUGGUACCUUUUGCGGUUCCCGUCGCGGGUGACAAAACCUUGCUGGUGUGGGAGCUGAGCUCUGGACCCACGGCAGAGGCCUUGCAACACUCUCUGUUCACAGUCUUCUCCCAGUUUGGCCUUCUGUACUCGGUCCGAGUCUUCCCAAACGCAGCAGUGGCCGGUCCUGGGUUCUAUGCCAUCAUCAAGUUUUAUUCAGCAAGGGAUGCGCACAGAGCCCAAAAGGCAUGCGACCAGAAGCAGCUUUUUCAGACAUCUGCAGUGAAGGACAGCUCCAUUAUGACUCAACGGUCAUUAUCAUUCCCUAUGAAAAGGAAGGUAACCCAGAAGCUUGCUAUUCAGAAGGCUAUGAGAGACGCAUUCCAGAAAGUGCUGAUUGUGGUUUUAGAAAGUGGUAAAAUAGCUGUGGCAUAUAGACCCUGUGAAGAGGUCACAGAUGCUAGAACCGAAGAGGAACUACAGGAUUUAAUUCAACCGUGUGGCCAAAGGGAGGAAGAAUGUCUCUCAGACUUCAGCUCUGAGGAGGAAGAGUUCAGAUUGCCAGAACUGGAUUAG